CCGCAAUUCAUUUCCAGAGUAACUUUCGUGCCGCUCGGGUUGUUUUUGUGCGUCGUCCGUCGCCCAGUUGCUCAGUUGCUCAGUUGCUCAUUCGCCCCGUUCGCCGCUCGUUCGAUCGCUCUCGCCACUCGCCGCGUUCGCCGAUAAGCAAGCAAGCACCAGCGCAAGCCAAUAACAACAAUCAAUUCGCCGUCGCCAAACCGAAUCAAAUCAAAUCGAACCAAACCAAUCAAACACAAAUAAACAAAUAUCAAAACGAGAAGCUAUAGCUAACACAGCUAUAGAGAAACAAAGAGCCAGAGGAGAAUACUAAGUAAUACAGAGAGAUAUGUCCCUUUGGAUAUAUCGCAGUGCCAAGUGACGAGAAUCUGUUUUUUUACCGUGUUGCCAGUGCUAAACCAUAAACAUCGCCCAAAAACAUACAUCUCUGGAAUACAAUAUAUAUAUAUAUAUCUUUAUAUAUACGCAUGUGUAGCAUAUACUCAUGCCAUAACCAUAUAGUAGCUGGAUCCGAAAACAAGUCACCAUUGGAAUACAGCAACGUUUUGCUUCUAGUUUUGUUUGUGUUUUUUUUUCGAUCCUACUGAAAGGACCCAGAGCGCACUAACCAGCGAUCAUCGUUCGACUCGACCAUCGAUCGGAAUACGUGAGUGAACUGGUGGAUCAAUCCGGCCAGCUACAGCUACAGAUACGGAUACGGAUACGGAUUAUAGAAGCCUGAGGCCAGUGGAGACACACAGCUUCAACGUGGCGCUGCACUCGACCGAGGCCUUGAUGGCGGCGGGCUUCCUCAAGUCGGGCGAUCUGGGCCCCCAUCCGCACAGCUACGGGGGUCCGCAUCCGCACCACUCGGUGCCCCACGGACCCCUGCCGCCCGGCAUGCCCAUGCCCUCGCUGGGGCCCUUCGGCCUCCCACACGGACUGGAGGCCGUCGGGUUCUCCCAAGGUAUGUGGGGCGUCAACACACGAAAACAGCGUCGCGAACGCACCACCUUCACACGCGCCCAAUUGGACGUUCUGGAGGCGCUGUUUGGCAAGACCCGUUACCCGGACAUAUUCAUGCGCGAAGAAGUGGCGCUCAAGAUCAAUCUGCCCGAAUCCAGAGUACAGGUGUGGUUCAAGAACCGCCGCGCCAAGUGCCGCCAGCAGUUGCAGCAGCAGCAGCAGUCGAACAGCUUGAGCAGCUCCAAGAACGCCAGCGGUGGCGGCAGCGGCGGCAGCUGCAGCAGCUCCUCGGCCAACAGUCGCAGCAACAGCAACAACAACGGCAGCAGCAGCAACAACAACUCACAGAGCUCCGGCGGCAACAACAGCAACAAGUCGUCCCAAAAGCAGGGCAACUCACAGUCCAGCCAGCAGGGCGGCGGCUCCUCCGGCGGCAACAAUAGCAACAACAAUUCGGCAGCAGCGGCGGCCAGUGCAGCGGCAGCGGUGGCAGCGGCCCAAUCGAUCAAGACGCACCACAGUUCCUUUUUGAGCGCCGCCGCGGCGGCAGCCUCGGGCGGUACAAAUCAGUCGGCCAACAACAAUAGCAACAACAACAACCAAGGCAACUCAACGCCGAACAGCAGCAGCAGCGGCGGCGGCGGCGGUAGCCAAGCGGGCGGACACCUAUCCGCCGCAGCAGCAGCGGCUGCCCUAAACGUGACCGCCGCCCAUCAGAACUCCUCGCCACUGCUGCCCACGCCGGCCACGUCCGUCAGUCCGGUGAGCAUCGUUUGCAAAAAGGAGCACUUGUCCGGCGGCUAUGGAUCCAGUGUGGGCGGCGGCGGCGGCGGUGGCGGCGGCGCCUCAUCCGGCGGCCUCAACUUGGGCGUGGGCGUCGGCGUGGGCGUUGGCGUCGGCGUGGGCGUGUCGCAGGAUCUGCUUCGCUCGCCCUACGAUCAGCUGAAGGACGCCGGCGGGGAUAUUGGGGCCGGAGUGCAUCAUCAUCACAGCAUCUAUGGCUCGGCCGCCGGCAGCAAUCCGCGCCUGCUGCAGCCGGGUGGCAACAUCACACCGAUGGACAGCAGCAGCAGCAUCACCACCCCAUCGCCGCCCAUCACACCCAUGUCGCCGCAAUCGGCGGCCGCAGCGGCCCAUGCCGCCCAAUCGGCCCAGUCCGCCCACCAUUCCGCCGCCCACUCGGCCGCCUAUAUGUCCAAUCACGAUUCGUACAACUUCUGGCACAAUCAGUACCAGCAGUAUCCGAACAACUAUGCCCAGGCGCCCAGCUACUACUCGCAGAUGGAGUACUUUAGCAAUCAGAACCAGGUCAACUACAACAUGGGCCACUCGGGCUACACGGCCUCCAACUUCGGACUGUCGCCAUCGCCAUCCUUCACGGGCACCGUGUCCGCGCAGGCCUUCUCCCAGAACAGCCUGGACUACAUGUCGCCGCAGGAUAAGUACGCGAAUAUGGUGUAGAAUCUACUCUUCCAAUACUGCAGCGGUGGCAGCAACAACAACAGUUCAGCGGGGGCAAGUGGUUCGGGCUCGGGUUCGGGU